GCGAGGAAACAGUUAAAGAGCUCAGUGUUCCCCUGUGCCCGGGAGGCAGCCUUUGUGUUUAACAUUGGCAGGGGCUCAGUUUGGGCUGGAGGUUUGUUUUAAUUGGGGGAGGGGGCAGAAAAGAGGGGACGCUCUGACUUCUUCAGUCUGUCUCUUUCUUUUACUGAUUCAGCGGAGGUGGAGAUUUUCAAUCCCACCCAGUCAGACGCAGGCAGGAGGAUCUGGUAAGACUAUCCCAGGAAAAGCCACUCGGAGGAAAUUCUCAGCAGCAGCGGCAGCAGCCACAGCGUGAGCCCGGCGGAGGACGCCCGCCGGGGGUGAGUGCGCGGUCUGUGCUGGCGGAGCCGGGCAGGAGCCACUGCCCGUUCCCGGGGAGAGCCCGGCCCGGAGCCGCGGGACACUUUCAGCGCUUCUCGAUAACGCUCAAGAUAACGAUUAAGUGACGAUGGUGCACCUCUGCGUGCGUGUGUGUGCGUGUGAAGAAGUGAGAAGUAUCUCACUGAAAUACUGAAAAAACCCUCUCACCGAAUUUGCUCUUUUGGGACUUCAGGAUGGAAGCCUUGUGUUUAAGAGUUUCCUUGCUGCUGUUGGUUCCAGGAUUUGUCCUCAGUGACAGCUCUGACACAUAUGCUGCCAAUCGGAGUGACUUGGGAAACUACCUUUCCACUUUCUCAGGGAUCGAAUCCAGCACACUCCUCACCACCAGACAGCCCCUGGUGUCCAACCAAACUGUCAAAUGCUCCCAGCAGACUAAGAUUGCUGAAACUUUUAAAUACAUUAACACGGUGGUAUCUUGUGCUAUUUUCAUCGUUGGAAUGGUUGGGAAUGCAACUCUGCUGAGGAUCAUUUACCAGAACAAGUGUAUGAGGAAUGGCCCGAAUGCACUGAUAGCCAGUCUGGCACUAGGAGACCUUAUCUAUAUUGUCAUUGAUAUUCCUAUCAUUGUGUACAAGCUCCUUGCUCAGAAGUGGCCUUUUGGAGAUUCUGAAUUUGGACAGUUUCUUUGCAAAUUCCUUCCCUUUAUACAGAAGGCAUCGGUGGGAAUCACAGUCCUUAAUCUCUGUGCCCUUAGUGUGGACAGGUAUAGAGCAGUUGCAUCCUGGAGCCGUGUUCAGGGAAUUGGAAUCCCUAUGAUCACUGCUAUUGAAAUUUUCUCCAUUUGGCUUCUGUCCUUCAUACUGGCUAUUCCAGAAGCAAUUGGUUUUGCUGUGGUACCUUUCAGAUACAAGGAUGAAGGUUAUGUCACCUGCAUGCUCAAUGCUACAAAUAGUUUUAUGUUGUUUUACAAAGAUGCAAAGGAUUGGUGGCUGUUUGGUUUCUAUUUCUGCAUGCCAUUGGCAUGUACUGCCAUCUUUUAUACGCUAAUGACUUGCGAAAUGUUAAACAGAAGAAACAGCAACUUGAGAAUCGCUCUCAGUGAACACCUUAAGCAGCGUCGAGAAGUUGCAAAGACAGUUUUCUGUUUAGUAGUGAUUUUUGCUCUUUGCUGGUUCCCUCUCCAUUUGAGCCGAAUUUUGAAGAAAAUGGUAUAUAAUGAAAGAGACCCCGGCAGAUGUGAACUGCUCAGUUUCUUGCUGCCGUUGGAUUAUAUCAGCAUCAACUUGGCAACCAUGAACUCUUGUAUAAACCCAAUAGCUCUCUAUUUUGUAAGCAAGAAGUUUAAAAACUGUUUCCAGUCAUGUCUUUGCUGUUGCUGCUCCCAAUCUAAGAGUCUAGUGACUUCAGUGCCCAUGAAUGGAACAAGCAUUCAGUGGAAAAAUCAAGAACUGAAUAAUCACAAUACAGAUCGAAGCAGCCAUAAAGACAGCAUAAACUGAAAAUUAAGGACUCUGAUACCACUUCAGAAUCAAACAGGAAAAAAAAAAGUCACAACAAAGCUAUAUCAACAGGAAGCCCAGUGACUGUUCCAUAAUCAAUUCAGACAUGUGCACCCUUGUACCUAAUUCUAGAGGUGACUGAGUAGAUUGACUGACUAUAACUGUGAUGUUCUGUGAACUGAGAUCCACUGGAUGGUAAUUCUGUCUCUGAAAAGGAUAUUGAUGUCAUUAGGACACCAAAAACCUGACUUGAACUACACAAGUGGUUUGCUUUUCUGAACCAAGCAGGAACUGUCCAGUGCCUGUGACUGGUACAAUACAAUCUUUUUACCUGAUUGUCACCUAGAAUUAAUCACUCCGGAAUUUUUCAGAAGAUAUCAAAAUGGAAUCUGUCUGUGACUAUAUUUUCUCUUUGCCCAUUUGUCUUUUAACUUUUAUUUGUGUGGUGGAUAUAUUCCAAUAUGUUUUGCAUGUUGUUGUUGUUUUUCAGGUUUAUGUUGGGAAAUGUUUUGGUCCACACCAGUAUUUUAUUUACUUAUGUUACAAUGGGUCAGGACAUUAGCUGGGCAGUUUGUAUUUGUAGCACUUCAGUACUCAAAAAUAGGAAGAGACCAUUUAAAGUAGCAUCAACAUUUGGCACUUAAGCACAGAUUAAUACCAAAAAAAGAGGUAUUAAUAAUACAGUACUAUACUGUGUUAUUUAUUCUAAUGCUCUGUACAAAAUAAACAUAAUAAACAUAAUCUGUAUCAGCAAAAAGAAUGAAAGAUGCCCCCAGAGGGGCACCUUACAAUGUGUUCUUAAUUAACCUGCCAUGUUAAUUCUUAAACUAUAUGAACCUCUUAAUCUCUUUAGACUACAGCUGUGUUAAAUCUACAUCAAAAUGAGGGUCAGUGGAACACAGUAAAACAUUAUUAAAGCUGUCCAAAGAGUUCUGAGAAUAUGGUUGUUUAUUAUUAUAGCAACUAUGCAUAACACUACUUACACAUUGUGAACAUGAUGUUAUAGUCAUAGCGAAUGCAGACCUGUGGAAGUCCGUAACAGUUGGAUGUGCACAAGGAUAUUUUGUGCCUUAUGCUUACCGAGUUCUUUGCCUUACUCUCACAAUGUUCAAGGAUUUUAAUGGGGUUUGAUAGUUUAUUAGAAUUGUUAACCAUACAAAUGCUAUGAAUAAUAUACAGAAAAUAUUGCUUGCAUACAUGUAAACUGGUGAUUUACUUAUUAUUUCCAUCCAUUACGGUUAAAUGGCAAGAGAUUCCUUGUUUGGCUAUAGAAAUUUUUAAUAGGUAGCCUUCCAUUAAAUAGUGGAAUUAAAUAGUAUGGUGUCAUAUAUAAUAUGCCUCAUGCUGAAAUCUGCUAGGAAGUUUAUAGCAUCUGUUGUGCCAGGCUCAGAAGCAGUAAUUAAAAUUCCACAAUUUUUUAAACAUCUGUUACAUUUCAAGUGAAAGAUAUAAUCCUGCAUAUUUUUAUUUACGAGGUCAAAAUGCUAGUGCCUACAGUGACUUCCACUGCACAGUUUCCCAAAUGUUUACAUUCACACAAAUCUUCUAAAGUGUAUUAAAAAAAAGUUCUUUAAAUUAGUUUAUGUAUUUUUGUGUGCUUUUGUCUCUGUGACUUAUAUGCAUGUAUAAAUACAUACAAAUUUAUGUUCAUAUGCUAUAAACCUAAAUACAGUCUUCUGACAGUGCUCUGUAGUAGUGCCUAAGAGCAUGGUAUUGAAUGAGACUUGGCUGAAUUUUAUUUAAAACAUUUCAUCCUCAAACUGUAUCAAAAAUCAUAGUAAAUAAGUAACAAUGCUUUCCUUU